CUCGACACGCUUGACUAGACGCGAGAGAGGCUUUUGAAGGACGGUUGCCAUGUGUAUCCAGGCUCGCGUCUUAUAGAGACAAGCAAAGCACGAUGACCACAUUAUCAAUCCUGGGGCUUACAGGCUUGUGCCUGGCCCUAGGCUUCGUGUUGACCACCACGGCGUCCCGGAACAACCAGUUGCUGGUCUUUCCCGGCGUCCACCGUGAGCAGGCUCUUGACAUCCUUGCUCUGACAGAAUAUCUGGUGGAGACACGCCACUACGACGCUUACGUCCUCGUGCCCGACCCGCUUUUCCCCGGGUUUGAGGACUCGGCCAUCGAGCCCCGCUCCUCCAACGAGGACGCGGAGGACGACGCCGCGGAGGCGCGCGGCGAGUGCACGCUAGAGGAUAAUGUGCGCCCAGGCAGCCUGACCCUGAUCAGGUACCACAGCGUCGGCUUCGAGGAGUAUCAGGCGCAGGCGAAGGACAGCAUCAGCGAGCUCACCUCGGUCCUGGACUUCCACCUCGCCAACUGCGCCAGCCUGAUGGUCAACCGCACCCUCAUGGACAGCCUGGCAAAGCCCGCCGGAGGCGGCGGCGCCCCCUUCACAGCCAUGCUGGGCGUCGCCACGGACCCCUGCGCCGCGCUGCUCGCGGACAGGCUGCGCAUCCGGCGCCGCGCCGCCUACGACGACGGCAGCGCCACCAGCCUGCUGUGGGGCGUGCUGCUGGGGCAGGGCCACGCCACAAGCCACGUGGCGGCGUACGGCACGGGGCUGGGGGGCGGCGGCAGCAUGGGGCUGUACCAGAAAACGCGCAAUGUGCUGCAGUACUACAAGGUGCAGAUGUGGCACGCGCGUGUGUACGGCCCGCGGGUGGCGGCGUUCCGCUCGCGCCACCGCGUGCGGCCGCUGUACGGCGAGGGGCCGCGACCGCUGCCCUGUCACAUGAAGGGCCAGGUAAUCAUCACGGGCGCGGACUGGGGUCUGCUGGAGCCGCAGCCGCUGCCGCCCGCCGUCAAGCUGGUUGGGCCGCUGCGCGCUGGGCCCUCCCAGGCGGCAGCGGCUUUGCAGCCGCCGGAGCUGGCGGCGCACGUGGCGGCGGCGGAGCACGGCGUGGCGGUCAUCGCCUUCCCGCCCGACUACAGGCCGCCACUGCGCGCGCUGCUGGCUGUGGCUGAGGCCGUGCUGGACCUGAAGCAGCACAUUGUGUGGCAGGCCAGCGCGGCCGACAUUGCGCGGGUCAAGCAGGUGUACCUGCCGCUCAAGCACGCACGCAAGGUCCUGAUGAUGCCGGACGUGCCGGUGCAGGACUUGUUGGCACAUGCGAACGUGGUCAGCAUCAUCACCGCAGGCAGCGUUCAGGCCAUCUACGCCGCCAUCUACGCCGCCAAGCCCGUCAUGGCGGUGCCGCUCAACGCCGCCCAGGAGGACCUGGUGGCGAGGCUGGCGGCGCUGGGGGCGGGCCAGCGCCUCAGCCGCGCCGAGCUGGAGGGCGGAGCCGCGUCCUACCGUGUCAGCGUCGCCAUCGAGCGCAUGAGCAACGUCUACUCGUUCACGGCGUCCAUGCAGCAGCUGUCCACCCAGCUGCGCGCCGCACUGGGCCGCACCACAGCUCUGGAGCGCGCCGCCGCCUGGGUCGACUACACCGCCGCACUGGACGACCUGGGCAGGCAGUACCUGCAGCCGCUGCAGGCAGCCACCGGCGCCGCCGCGCCCGCCGCGGGUGGCGGCGGCGGCUGCAUGGGCCUGGUGGCGGCGACCAACACCAUGGCGUACCUGGUGAUCGUGGGCGUGGGCGUCGGGGCCGCGGUGCUGGCGGGGCUGGUGUUCCACAUCUGCACGCGGGUGCCGCCGCCGCCGAAGCGCAAGGCGCGGCUGGUGCUGAAGGAGGAGAAGGAGGAUGACGCCGAGGAGCGCGAGCACGAGCGCGUGGAGGCGGAGGUGGUGAAGCGGGAGCAGGAGCGGGAGGGCCUGCGCGAGCGGCACCGUGCCAAGGAGCGUGAGAAGGAGCGGGCGCGGGAGAAGGAGCGCGAGCGCGAGCGACGCCGUGAGCGAGAGCGGCAGCAGGCUCUGCGCGACAUUGCGGCGGAGCGCGAGGCGGAGGAGCAGGAGGAGCGGGCGCGCGACAUGGCGGCGGCGGCGGCACGGGCGCGCACGGUGCACUUCCAGCGGCAGGAGGUUGAGGACGUGGACGAGGAUGAUGACGAUGACGAAGACGAAGGCGAGCAGCCGCGGCAGCAGGAGGACGAGGAGGAGGAGGAGCAGGACGAAGUGGACGUUCCAGUGCGCACCAGCCGCACCGGGAACUCGAAGGACAAGGACGCGUGAUGCGCGCGCCUGUCCCGCUUGAGUGCGUGGUGUGGCGCCGGGCGUCACAGGCGCGAUUGGUGCCGAGGCAGCACAGGGCACAGGCGUGGGGCACAGGGGCAUGGUGGCAAACUCAGUUGCCAGGUAGUGCUACGAGUGCUUGACGUGUAUGUGCACGUCGGGCACUGGUAACAUGGUCCUUCAAUAAACGGCUCUCUACAACUGAGUGUGCAUGCGUGGCCGCUGUUGUGCAUCAGCGCUCGUGCGCGCGUGCGUGCAUGCUGUGGACCAGACUCUUGAGAAAGUACGUCUGAGGCCUGGGGUGCACGGAGCGCCCUUCGCAUGGAGCAUCGGGCAUACGGUACCAAACAAACUACAAUCCCGUGAGGUUUCUUUUGUCGCGGCAUGCGUGUCUGUCCAUGGGGGAGCUUCAUCUCUCGCAAUAAAAGCACGUGGCGCUAGGAGCGUAGCGUAGUAGCGCCUGGGCAUGGGAAUGCGGGAAGGCGCUGGGAGGAUGCGGAUGUGUCGGUCGGUUUGGUUGUUACUGGUACGGUGUUGGGCAGCCGGGCACUCCCUGCCAACCGGGUACGCGUGCCAGCAAUCUUAGAAUUAAAUAAAGUGGUUGACGGCAAGCCGGAUAUUUUGAAGCGGCGCCAGCGCGCAGGUUGAGACUUGCCAAUGUCUGGUUUGCGGUCUUUGCUGCGAGCAUAACAUAGCAGGUACCGUAUGUUGUUGUCCUGUGCCUGCUGUGCUUGUGCUUGACAGCGGGACAUGGCUGGACUCAUGGCGGGCGGUGCCUGGGAAGUGAGGUAGUUUCGAAACCUUUGACCUCAGACAUUGCACCAACGUGGCGUGGGCGCAGCCCACAGUUCCCUUGUUCCCUUGAGAGGGACAGCCACCUCUCUUGUCAAAGCACUAGGGCCAAGAGCAAACGUGUAAAGCUCACGGAGC